AUGAGGCCCCCGGCGGGGGGCCGAAACGCGUCUGACCUCUCUUCACGUCGAGCCAACGAAGAUGAAGAAAGGAAGUCGGAGGAACAACAUGACACACCGACUUCCUCCGCGUUUUGGCAUGCGAGUGCAAACGCCGUCGAAGCAGCGGUCGAUUUUUCAGAGCCGUCGACAUUUGAAGAAGCAGUGUCUGGCCCGGACCAAGUACACUGGCGCAAGGCAAUUGAUGCGGAGCUCGAUUCGAUGAAGCUUCGCGGUGUCUUUCGUGCGGCCAAGUUACCCAACGGACAAAUCGCCAUUGGCACAAAGUGGGUCUUCAAGAUCAAGCGCAAGGCGGAUGGGUCGAUCGAGAAGUACAAGGCACGACUUGUGGCCAAGGGUUUUCGCCAAAAGUAUGGCAUCGACUACACGGAGACGUUCUCGCCCGUGGUUAAGUAUGUGACGCUGCGAAUGGUCAUCGCCAUUACCAAGCACUUUGGAUGGCCCCUCGACCAGCUCGAUGUGGUGACUGCGUUCCUGUAUGGAGUGAUGAAGGAGAAGGUGUUCUGCGCUAUUCCGGAAGGCGUCAAGAUGGAAGGUGAUUUCGACUGUCUCGAGCUGAUCAAGGCGAUCUACGGUCUCAAGCAAGCCUCGCGUGUUUGGAACGAGACCUUUGUUGACGGUCAUCGGUUUUCUACCAGUAUUGGUAACCGUGACCGAUCCAAUCCGAACCGCCUGUUCAGCUUAGUAUUUACGACGUAG